AUGACUGAUUAUCGACUCCCAAUCCAUCAGGCGCCUCACAGAAAGCCCGUCCCAGCCUCGCAUCGCGGGUAUCCGUUUCAACCCUAUGAUGCUCAUCCGCAGCAACCACAGCAACAGCUGUCCCCCCAUCCCUCUGGCCACGCCAUGGCUCACAGCCGCAACCGAACCUCCUCCUCCAGUGUACUCCCCUACGCGACACAACAAAAGCAAUAUGGCGGCAGUCCGUCACCGCAUUACACCAUGACCAGCCAAGUCAGCCACCCGUCGAGGCGGCUGUCCAGUGCCACCACCUCCACCAGCUCGACCAGCAACAAUUACGCCUCCGACAUCCGCCGGAGUACGUCGUCCCGAUCCACCAACGCACAACUCGGUUAUGUGGCUCUUCUGCGGAGGCAGAAGGCAACCGUCUGGUGUGACCGGGCUCAGCCCGAAGAUCCCCGAGUUCGCGCCCAGAAGCUGGUAGAUAAGAAGAGGGCUUACCUGGAAGUCCACGGCGCUGGCGCUGGACGCACAGGCACCCUGGGAAGUGGGAAGAACAAACAUGGAAGCAAGGGAGUCACGGAAUUCUCGGCUUCCACCCUGGUCGGGGCGACCGUUCCGGUCCGACUGAGUGCCAAUGAGGUGGGCGACGCGGACGAUGAUGCACUGAGCGAAAGUGGUUUCCCGCAUCGCCGCACCGGGAGUGGCCGCAGCUCGCUUGGUAGCAACUACCGCUAUCCCAGUGGCUACCAGCGAACGUCGCAAGGCACGAUGGGAAGCAAUAACACACCGCCGAACGAAAGAGCUGACCUCCCCAACGUCUCGGAGAAUCCUCCGGCGGAGAGCCAUGAGGAAGCCAAAGACGCGUCUGCGAAGGAUGACGCGGCGACCAGCCAUAGCAGGACCAGUGAGCAAGAAGAUAGCUUUGGGUCGGUGGGCGACAUGGCUGCGCCCAGUUCCGCCGUCACUGCGGCUCAGAAAGCUCGCAGGGCGGAUGAACUGCGGCGUCGGGGUAGUGUGGAUGAGCGGACCACCUCGAUGACCAAUGUGCGACUCUUCAUCGCGAACCCGGAUUUGAGUGACUGA